CCCCCGAUGCGCCACUCCAUCGUCGUCAACCUCGGGGAUCAGCUUGAGGUCAUCACGAAUGGCAAGUACAAGAGCGUGUUGCACCGGGUGGUGGCGCAGACGGACGGCAACAGGAUGUCCAUCGCCUCGUUCUACAACCCGGGCAGCGACGCCGUCGUCUUCCCGGCUCCCUCCCUGGUGCAGAAGGAAGCCGAGAAGGACGACGUGGCGGCGGUGUAUCCCAGGUUUGUGUUCGAGGAUUACAUGAAGCUCUACGUGAUACAGAAGUUUCAGGCCAAGGAACCGAGAUUUGAAGCCAUGAAAGCCACGGCUCUUCCCAUUCCUACAUCUUAAGAACAUCAACAGUCGAUCCUCAUCCAAUUCCUGCAUCUCAAUAAUAUGUCAUCGUGGAAGCUACCAGUAUGCAGUAAGAACUUAGCAAAGGUCAUGUAACGUAAGCACCGUUAUGCCAGUGAGAGUUCCUAGGCAUGUGUUAUCUUAAAUUAGACUUUUUAUCUUUGAGGAAAUAAGUGGAGCACUGUAAA